AAUCACGUACUUUUCUCUCCGGUCCCCACGACAACCAUGUCUGAGAAGAAGCACCACAGCCACCACUUUCACCACCACAAGGAGGAAAAACCCGCCGCCGGAGAAAUGACCAAACAUGACUAUGAGAAACAAGUGAAACACUACAAACACUUGGAGCACGUCGGGAAGCUAGGUGCUGUAGCCGCUGUUACUGUUGCUCGGCAUGAGAAGCAUAUGGCUAAGAAAGAUCCAGAGAACGCUCACAAACACAAGAUCAAAGAGGAGAUUGCAGCAACAGUUGCAGUGGGUAGUAUUGGAUUUGCCAUCCAUGAGCACCAUCAGAAGAAAGAUGCCAAAAAAGAAAAAGAAUCAGCUUUCGGGAAGAAACACCAUCUCUUCUGAAACUCAUCAUUUCU